GGGAGUGUUGGAGAAAUGUUCAUAGAGAGAAACAAAAAACCUGGACAAGAAGUAGAAGGAGGACGACAUAGGAUAGAGAGAUUGUGCAUAAAUGUUGGAUAUGAUUGAGUCAGAGGGAAAGACAAUCCAUUUUUGCUUUCUUGGGGUUGGGUUUGAGUUUGCUUUGCUGACUCUAAGCACCCAGAAAGAACACACCACCGUCAUCACAAUCACUGUAUAAUAAAGCAAAGGAACCGAGAGAGAGAGAGAGAGAGAAGCAGAAGAAGAAGAAGAGAAGUUAUUGUGUUGGGGUCGCUGUGGAGGAGAAGCUGAGCGAAGAAGAAGCUUGAGGGUUGUUGGGGAUGCUAUGAAUCCGAGCACGAGCAAGGAAGAAGGCUUUUUUCAGAUGAUGAAGGACGAGGGUAGUGAAUCGCAGCCCUCGAUUCUGGAUCACCAGCCCUUCGCGCUGCCUCCGAUGCCGGAUAUGGUGCUUUUCCGGGACGAAGACGAGGAGGACUCGCUGAGUCAGACGUCGGACGAGGCCGACGGGCUUCGGUCGGUGGCGUUAGGGCCAGGGAACGGGGGCGUUUCGAGCGAGGGCAACGAGAGGCCUAGGGUUCACCAACUGGGGUACAUUAACCCGGAACCCUACGUGUCGAGCCAAUUCUACACGUUUAACAGGGAGUCUCACGGCCUGAUGGUGCGGUGCAUUGCGGAGGGGCGGCUCGCGACGGCCGACGAGAUCCGGGCGGCGACGCCGAUUCCGGUGCUGGAGAGCUGGCGGGCGGUGUGGAAGGACCGGAACGAGGACACGGCGUACCUGACGGCGUGGAAGCGCAUCCAGGACAAGCUCAACAUCCACGUCGACCCUCAUGGUAACCAAUUAUUGUGCUUCAAGAACAAUUUGAACCAAUUCGUCUCGCACAUUAAUCAGUGGCAAGACAUAGUCAUGAGUUUUCAUGGUGAGGCUGACUUGAAACACUUAGGGCUUAAGGAAACGGUAGAGAGAAUUAAGCAAGUGUGGACUGUAGGUGCCAAAUUUUAUGGAAUUCCUGAGCCGUUCAUUAGGGCUUGUGUCACUGAAUGCCCCGUGUGCUCUGACUCGAUGGGGUCAGCGCAAAGGACGAAAAGGCGGCGGUUUGAGUACACAGAGUCCAUUGAUGUGCCAGCAAAGGAUGUGCCGCGGAGGUUGCAACAGUUGGCAGCAAAGCAUAAGGUUGUGUUAUGCAUAAGACAGAAGUAUAUUAGGUAUAAACCAUUUAUGGCAGAAGUUAAGGACUAUGCGUGUCACAGGGCAGGAGAGCCAGCCUCAAAGAAGUCAAAGAUUUUAAAGAGGGAACCAUAUGCAUCCAAGCGGUGUGGUUGUGGGUUUCGUAUAAGGGCAAUUGUGCCCAUUGCUAAUUAUAAUGAGAAAGACAAGACAUUUGUGUAUCAGGAAGAGGGCACAGCAGUAUUUAAAUUGUAUGCGGUGCAUUCGGGGCAUGAACCUGGACCAUUAGAUGGUAAUGCUCGGAUCAUGCACCGAGUGGUGGGACAAAAGGGGGGAUAUUUGAUGGAUCAGGAGAUGGUAUUUGGAACAAGCGAAGAAAUGGAUAACGAGGGUUUUGGGUUCAUGGGAAAGGAGGUAGGGGAUUUGCAGAAUUCAGUUCUACAGCAAGUGCAGGAGUUGAGAAAUGUGGUUGGGUCGCUUGAAAAAAGAAUUGUUAGAAUCCCGAGUGAGCAAUUGGGUUCAGUCUCACAAGAAUUGUCUGAUGUUCUCAAUAAAAUUCGAUCCAUUGGAGAAUAUAGUUCAAAGUCAGUUGAAUUGCUUUCUGAAAAGUUGAACUCAGAUGAUUUGUUCUUGGUAGAGAGUGAUUUGGCAGAUUGGGGUCAUCAUCACCAUGAGAGGAUAUAUAUGGAUGGCAAGGAUGGGGAAUUGAUUGAAGAAGAUGAGGACAGCUUUGGGCGAACCUUUGAGGAUGUUGCACCAUGGUAUCACAUGAGGACAGGGUGUAGGGAUGAGAAGGAUCUGCUGGGCACUACUUGCAAAACUGAUAAGUGGCUGAAAAGCAAUGAGUUUGAUGAGAAGAGCAUUCUUGACUGCGAGGAUUCAAAACUAACCAAACGCAUGAGGCAUGAAGAGAACAUAGUAUCAGAUGUAGGUCUUGCUGGUAUGGCAGUUGACAGCUUUUAUCCAGAAAAUCCUAAAUGGGAUGACUCCCCUUGUGCAUUGGACCCGGCAACAGAUUGUACUGAUAAUGAAUUCAAGCAUGGGGGGACUGUGUAGGGUCUUAUAGAGUUGGGCUAAUCCACUCUAACCAUAAUAAUCAUGAACUUGUUAGGCGUAUUCAUUCAAUGUUUCUAGCUGGCAGUGGGUUGUAUAGUUAUAUAUACAGAAGAUUUGAGCCUCUGACAUGCUUUUAGGUGUCCUUGCUGUAUGUCGUUCUGUACAGGAUAGCCAUCGGGCUUCUUUGCAUAUAUGUUCUCAUUUAAGUUUUAUCA